GACUGCUCUCAUUUUAGGUCAUCAGAAUUUCACAGGCUGAAGGGGAAGAGCGGCGGGAGGAGGAGUGAUGGCGGCACCGAAGAAGGCGAGAGCGAGCAGGAACAAGGAUCUCAUAAAAGGCAUCGGGAGGCUGUCGAGGUCGAAGGUGUACCACAAAAGAGGUCUAUGGGCGGUCAAGGCCAAGAAUGGAGGAGCUUUCCCCACCCACAAGCCGUCGCAGCCGCCAGUGGAGGCCAAGGCCGCCGAGAAGCCGCCGAAGUACUAUCCCGCCGAUGAUGUCCCCAAGCCCAUUCCCCGCAGCCGCAAGCCCAAGCCCGCUAAGCUCAGAGCUAGCAUCACCCCGGGAACAGUUUUGAUCCUUCUUGCAGGCCGCUUCAUGGGCAAGAGAGUUGUUUUCUUAAAGCAGCUCCCUUCUGGGCUUCUUCUUGUUACUGGACCGUUCAAGGUGAAUGGUGUCCCACUGAGACGUGUCAACCAAGCGUAUGUUAUAGCAACUUCUACUAAGGUUGACAUCUCUGGUGUUAAUGUGGAGAAGUUUGAUGACAAGUAUUUUGCUAAGGAGACUCAGAAAAAGAAGAAGAAGACUGAAGGCCAAUUCUUUGAAGCCAACAAAGAGGAGUCCAAGGUUCUCCCUCAAGGAAAGAAGGAUGAUCAGAAGUCUGUUGACAGCCAACUCAUCCCUGCUAUCGAGGCCGUCCCCGAUCUGAAGACAUAUUUGGCAGCUAGAUUUUCCCUGAGGUCAGGCAUGAAGCCUCAUGAGCUUGUGUUUUGAAGGUAUUUUAUCCAGAAAACUUAGGUCGGUCGUGUCGUGUCAGAGAGUAUUCUCUUGGUUUUGAACAUUGCUGGCUUGCAAAUAUGUUUCUUGUGGCCAGUUUUUGGUAAUGGAGAUGUAUCCCGUAAGGUAUCUUUGCUUGCGUUAGAAAUCAUUUGGCAACUUUAAGUAAUUCUUCUAAUAGCAAUGUAGACGUGCCCUUUUCUCUUUA